AUGAAUUCCAACAGCCAAACACCUAUUUCCGGCGAUGUUCCCGCGACAAAACCAAACGGAAAAGACGUUGUCUCCUCCGCCGAGCCGGUCAAACGAGGCGGUCAAGCCGGAGUCUCUCUCGCUACAGCUGCCUCCGGCGAUUCGAAGUCCAAGAAGCAAAACGGCAAAGCCGUUGUCUCCUCCGCUGAUCCUGCCAAAUGUGCCGGCCAACCCGAAGAUUCUCUCCCUACAGCUAUCUCCGGCGAUUCGAAGUCCAAGAAACCAAACGACAAGGUCGUUGUCUCCUCCGCCGAUCCGGUCAAACGAGCUCGUCAACACGGAGUCUCUCUCGCUAUCGCUGUCACUGACGUUCCAAAUUCCAAGAAACUAAACGGCAAAGCUGUCGUCUCCGCCUCAGACGAAAUAUUGUUCUUCAAAGAUGUCAAGUUCGGACCACAAGAAGGCGAGCUAAGGUUUCGUCUGAUACAUUUUUGGGAGGCUCGGACCACACUCACGAAGGUCCUUUUUGGUCUUGAAAUGCUUCUGAUUGACGAACAUGGUACUGUGAUCCAAGGGUUCAUCUCACCAAACAGGAUCGAGACCUAUUUGCCUCAUAUGUUCGCUGGUUCCGUCUACUGGCUUAAUAACUUUUAUGGAUCUAAAAGCAAGAGUGUGUACCGAGUUGCUGAGCCAGACGUGACCAUUGCUUUCACAUGGAAUUGUGUGCUCUCCGUUCUCGAGAACAGUCCGGUUCCGUUUCCUGAAGACCGUGGUCCUGUCAUGAAGCUGUACAUAUGGGACAAGGCCGCUGCAGUCUUCUGUGAGAAGUUUAAAGCACUUGGAAAACCUCCAACUGUUAUUGAUCAUAUUGGUCAUAUUGCAGGUGCCUUAUCUCUGUCAUCUCUAUCAUCCUCGCGUGUGUUUUUUGAUAUGGAUGUUCAAGCAACCAGAGAAUGUCUGGCUUGGUUUGAAUCGAACACGGAAGUUGCCAAUAGGGUGAAUGCUGAGAUUGUCACCAAAGCUGAGACGGCUACUAUAGGGGAAUUGUUAUCUUACAUGAAGCAGGAAGGGGCAAAGGUCGCUUGGUUCGAGUGCACAUCCACUAUUGAUGAUAUUGUGUGUGACUCGGCGUGGUAUUAUAUUGCUUGUGGUGGGUGCAAGACUAAAGCAACCAAAGGGCCUACCACGCUUAUGUGUAAGAAGUGUGGAAAGACUGAGAUUGUCGGCGCUGCGGAGUAUCUCACGAAGCUCUCUGUCUAUGACAACAAUGAUCACGCUAGCUUUGUGCUUCUCGGCGAUGCUGGGCGUGAGUUGACUGGGAUGAAAGCCUCAGAAUUGGUUGAGAGCUACUUUGAGGCCAAUGAAAGCGUCGGAGAUGAUCAUGUAGUCCCGGUGCCACCGUCUCUGACUGAUUCCAUUGGACAGACUCGCACAUUCGUUAUCAAGGUAUCAAAACACAACCUGGAUGGCAAGACCCAGUCUUUGACUGUCACCAAAGUUCUCCCUCUAAAAGUUCCAGCACUUGAAGGCAACAUAGAUGAGGACGUGGAAGAGGAGCCUGCUGAUGAGAAGGAUGGAGCUGCAGAUGGGACUGUGAAAAGGAACUCUGAUGGGAUCGAGUCUGGAGAGACCAAGCGUGCCAAAUGUGGCUAA